CAAGUUCCUACAGGGUCAUACGUAAACCAAUCAGUUUUAUGUAAAUUCUGUGCAAUUCGUUUGAAAAUAUCUUUCUGUUCUCCAAAAUUAGAUAUUUCAUACUGAAGUAUUGCAGAAGUGCAGCCUGUGUGUAGCGAAACAAUAUCAAUAGACAUGGAUGCAGGUGUUAAGAGGCUUCCAAUUGCUGCAGUAGGAGAAAAUAUGACCAAUGUUUUGUUGGUUGGUAUGAUCAUCGCUAAACAAAACCCUCGCAAAGUAACUUGCAAGUCAGGCCCUUCAUCUGGUUCUGAGAGAUCAGUUUGGAAUUUUACAUUGCGUGACUCCCCACAUGAUUUAAUUAAUGCAACAUUCUGGGGCUCUCCGGAUUAUAUACAGAGUCUUGCUGACAAGUUCCAUGUUGGUCAUGUCGUGGAAAUUUCCAAGCCAAAGAUUUCUCUUCGUUGCUGUGAUGAGCAAGAAGACAGAUUUUCUCCAUCUGUUACAAGCCCAUUCCAACUGACUCUGUCAGAAAAACAGACAUCCUUAGUUCCACAUGAGGCAGAAUACUGUGAUGAAUUCCUUUACCUCCUUCAUCUUCCUACCAAGCCACCUGGAGACUACUUCACACUAGCUGAUGUAUACCGUAAUGGAACCAGCAUACGUGGUGAAUUUGUCAACCUGCUUGUUGCUGUUCGUGAUAUUGGACCCAUGAGACAUAUCAAAACUAAGGAUGGCCGUGACAUGGACUGUCGAGAUGUUAUGGUGUUUGACCAGACUAAUACAGGAUUACGUGUUUCACUAUGGAACACAGAGACUGUACACCGUGCUGAAAACUGGAGGCCUCGUGAAACUGUUCUGUUCCUUGCUGAUAUGCGCCUGGAGUGGAAUGCAUUUCGUCGUGGGAUGGUGGCAUCAGAUGGAUCCCGUUCUAUUGUGACUGAAGAUCCUGAAACUCCUGAGGCUGCAGCUCUGAGGAUGUAUGCUCGUACUGUUCCACUCAGAGCCAGUGCUAUUUUAGACCAACUUGCAAAUUCAAUUCCUGACCCAAGUUCAAUCACCAAUGUGAUGACUGUGCAGCAAGUUCUGGACCGAGCAACAGCAGGCAGUCCAGACAACUCAGGUGGUGAUGACUCACAGUUCACUGCACUCCUCUACUGCCUUCUUACAAAAUAUGAUCUGGAUGGAUGCUCCCAGCUCAUCAUCACAAAAUGCUCUCAGUGCCAGAUGCCAGUACAGGAUAUGUGCAUUAACUUGGAGUGUCCUAUUGGCUGUGGAGCAGAAUUACCAAGAUAUGAUGUAGCUUUUGAUCUUCGUAUCAAAUUGUCAGAUCAUACUGGUUCUCUGGAAAAUGUUCGUCUUUCUGGAGGAGCAGCAGAACGUAUUAUUGGAUGCACAGUUAAUGAGUUCAUGUCCAUGCCUCUUGACAUGAAGACACAUCUUAAAUGGAAACUCUGUCUUGAGCGCUGUGCUGCUAGGAUCUUGGUAUUACGUUCAUCAGAUCGUCCUCGCCCUCUUAUAUCCUUGCUUUCCUGCACUGUGGCAGACCCUUCAGAAGCAGCUGCUUGCAUUCCAGUUUAUUGACCUCAAUAUUUUCCAGUUGUGAUUUAUUGUUUAAU